GCGGACAAGUCCAACAGCACUCCAAUAGUCUGUCAACGGGCAUUCGCUGUGGGGGUCGACGACGGAGCUAUACAUACAUUUUUUGUGAAGAGUUGUUUUUUUCGCACAGUGCAAAAUUGCGUCUUACGUUGUUUACAAGGAGAAAAACUGCCUGAGAAUUUUCCUCACAAUCUCCUGGGAUACGCACGAAAAGCUAGGCAGGAAUUGCAACUGGUGUUAAAGUGCAGGAAGUGCAGAAAGUUUGUGCGAAGAUUUUUUGGAGGCUCGUUCUGAGUGCAAAAAAAACUGUGGUCAAGGAUUAUCUCUGAAAAGUUCAAAAGUUCACAAUAAACAAACAAACAAGAAUCGUGUGGGAAUGCGUCAGUAGCCCCCAGCAGCUGUGAGGGCCACAACUUCCGGGACUUAUGAGAGAUUUUUGCAAAAGGUGCUGAAGACAAGUGCAAGAAAAGAAGAGACAAUGCUGUCAAAGCAAGUGAUGAUACAUAUCGGGGCCGGGUGCUUGUCCACGGGCUUCAUGUCAUGGCUCCAAUUUCGCCCCCUUGGGAUACUCUUUAUCGUCAUAUUCGGUAUUUGGUUGUACAAAUGGCGCUGUCCAGGUGUCCGUCUAGUCUCUUCCACACCAAUAAUGGAUAAAUUGGAUAGUAGCUACAAGAAUUUCGUGAAAUUACGACAGGAGAAACCCGGGAUUUUCUGCACAAUUGUUAGCUUCUUCUUGGUGCUUCUUGCCCUCCUGGGGCAUAUUGUCUCAGGCACAUGGAUUGUGUUAAUUGGUCUGAUGAUGGCUGCACUCAUUUCGACGCGCCACAAACUCGACAUCAUCCAUGAGAGGGCAAAAGGUGAAGAAACAACAUGGUCAUCCCAGACAACGGAUCACGAUGUGGACGACUUCCUGCCAGAGGUGAAUGAGGGUAAUCUGUUUGUGCUGCAGAAAGCGGGUGAAGAGGCUGUGAUAACCACCCCCGUGGGUACAACGGAAUCCCACACAAGUAGUCACAGUGAGGAUCCCGAUUCCCUUCCGGUGGAUCUCCUUCUGCCCGAAGGAAGCUUCCCGGAUGUGGGGGCGGUGAAUGAGGAUGAGGAAUCGGAUCUCAAUGAUGAUGAACUUGAGCGCGAUGUGGCUGUGCCGAGUGGGGGGGAGUUUACCUUCAAAACGGGUCACUUCAAUAGGGACACAUCGUCCUCCUCGGAUGACGACAGCAUGGCCAGGGGGUUGAGUUUCCACGACUACAGUCUCGUGGAUGCAGCCGUGACGGAAGAAGUGGCAGCACCCAAGUACCCCAAUAGAAGCACAGAAAGUAAAAGCAAUUUGCCAUUUGGGAUUAAUGAAGCGUGGAAUGUUGUUGGGAAUCUCCUGAAGACAUCCACGGCGAAUCCCACCACCACCGCAAAUCCAUCCACCAGCACAGUAGAUCAUCAAAAUACACGGAAAUCUUCCCACACGAAAAGUACCCAAAGAUCCCCAGAUUCCUCGGAUGAGAGUGAAUUUGAGACUUUUACACCCGAUGAACUUAAUUCAGCUUCUUAGUCGGCAAAUUAAGGAUUUUAUUUUCAUGCAAAAGGAAAACCUUUUGCUGGAAAAAAAAGAACUCAAAAGGAAAAAAAAAUUCAAACUCUUUUAUCCACGAAGCCCUUUUGCGUGUCCUCCCGUCACCACCCCCCUUGAAAUUACCACGAAAGAAGUUUAAAAAAAAAGUGAAAUCAAAGUAUAUAUUAUAAUAUAAUGUAGAGCAAUUUAUUUUCUUUAUUUUAUUUGUUUUUUUUUGUUGGUUCUCAGAAGAGCUUUAAUAAUUUUAUUUUGUAAUUUGAUGAAUGUGAAGAAAUCUUCCGUGAAAAAUUCUCUAUUUUUCCUUCAUUUUUUUUUUGGGUUCUCACAUCUUAAAAUGAAAAACUCCCUCACCUUUUACCAAAAUCCUAAAAAAAAGAAACUUUUAUGAAGUGACAGAGGGCGAGUUUAAUAAAAAAAAUAAUAUAUAAAAAAUCUUCUAGUUUGGUAUAAAAAUCGUCUUUUUUGUAGAAACUGUAAAAUAUUUAUUCUGUGUACAAGAAAAGAAUAAAAAAAAAUAUCAGAAAGAACAAA